AUGGAUAUUAACAUGAAGAAAUCACUGCCCACAGAACAGAAGCAGAAUAGUGAAGACAUUAGAAAAGGUCCAUGGAGCCUUGAAGAGGACACCAUUCUCCAAAACUACGUUGCCACCUACGGCGAGGGUCGUUGGAAUUCCGUCGCACGCUCUGCAGGAACUUAUCAUACUCUCUUCAUACGCUGUCAAACUCUCUCAGCAUUGCUAAGAUGGUUAAACUACUUGCGCCCUGAUGUUCGUCGUGGAAAUAUAACACUCCAGGAACAGUUAACCAUUCUUGACCUUCACUCUCGGUGGGGCAAUAGGUGGUCGAAAAUUGCUCGGCAUCUUCCCGGUAGAACAGACAACGAAAUAAAGAAUUAUUGGAGGACUCGAGUGAUUAAGCAAGCAAGGAAUCUCAACUGUGACGUCGACAGUAAACAGUUCAAAGAUGCCUUGCGUUACGUGUGGAUGCCCCGUUUGAUUGAGCGGAUUCAACCAUCAUCGGAAACUCACGACCCGCCCCAUGUGCCAUCCUCCAAACUUGACUUGAUCCCGGAUCCCCCGGUCCAUCACCAAAUCGGGUCACACGGUUCGUGUUCAGGUUCCACAACCUUGGAUUCUGAAGAAUUGGGUUAUAAUGUUUCAAUUUGGGGCGGAUGUGAAGACUUGGAACAGGGGACUGUCACGGUGCCUUUAGGUGGUGGGGACUUAAUGGAGAGUUUUUGGGAUGAUGAGAAUCUGUGGCUUAUGCGACAAAUUUGUGAUGAUCUGGAACUUAAAGACAAUUUCCUUACGUGA